AUGGCUAUGGCUGCUAAAAUAACUGUGGAGAUUGCGCUCCAGCUGAAAAUGGUCGAGGCCAUUCCAGACGUCCUUUUCAUACCAUCAGCAGCUGUGCUGGUGCUCAUUUAUGCCUCCAACAGUAUCCGCAACCGUGAUGGCGCAACCAUUUCAGACGUCCUUUUCGCAAUAUCCGUAAUGUUGGCACUCAUUUAUGCUAAGAUCUCCAACAUGAUGACUUACAGCUGGAUAUUCCAACACCAUCCCCGUACAUCGUUCAAUAAUUCAUUCACACAAACAUAA